AGUGAUAUCUUCGUAUCAGUUAAAGUGCGGGUGUCAUAUGGUUGAAUACAUUUAAUAUGUAUCAUUGGGAUAGUGAAGAAGAUUCCAUGACAUAUAAUAUGUCGCAAACAGAUUUGGACAACAGAUCUAAUCAGAUGAAUCCAAACAAUUCCGCAUAUCAGUCUUCCAGAGGAGUCGAUCCUGAGAAAAAACCUUAUGAGUCAACUCAAUUAGAUUUGAACAACAGAUCUAAUCAGAUGAAUUCAAACAAUCGCGCAUAUUGGUCUUCCAGAGGAAUCGAUCCUGAGAUAAAACCUUAUGAGCCAACUCAAUUAGAUUUGAACAACAGAUCCAAUCAGAUGAAUUCAAACAAUCGCGCAUAUUGGUCUUCCAGAGGAAUCGAUCCUGAGAUAAAACCUUAUGAGCCAACUCAAUUAGAUUUGAACAACAGAUCCAAUCAGAUGAAUUCAAACAAUCGCGCAUAUUGGUCUUCCAGAGGAAUCGAUCCUGAGAAAAAACCUUAUGAGCCAACUCAAUUAGAUUUGAACAACAGAUCCAAUCAGAUGAAUUCAAACAAUCGCGCAUAUUGGUCUUCCAGAGGAAUCGAUCCUGAGAAAAAACCUUAUGAGCCAACUCAAUUAGAUUUGAACAACAGAUCCAAUCAGAUGAAUUCAAACAAUCGCGCAUAUUGGUCUUCCAGAGGAAUCGAUUAUUCACGAACUCCAUCAGAUUCGGAUAACUUACCUAGACAGAACAAUUGGUCUUCCAGAGAUAGUGAUUGCUGCCAAGAAGAAAGCGAUGAGGAAGAAAAUAACAUUGGUGUAGGUGGUUGGUUGGCCAUGGCUGGUGGUUUAGCUGUCGCCGCUGGCGUUGCAUAUAGAUUAUACAGUAAUAAUUCAAACAGAGAUGAUAAUACUAAUAAUAAUAAUACUAAUACUAAUAACAUAUAGUAUUAUAGAACAUAUAUCAAUUUUGAUGAUCACCAUUAUUUAAUCAUAAGAGUUAUUUCUUAUUACAAAGCUAAAAUGGACAUGGCAUAUUGAAAUUAUAAUGCAUAAAAUAUU